UUUCAGAAAAUCGUAUAAAUUGGUGUAAUUGCAUUCCGGCAUAACCAUUUUACGCCCACGACAUAAAGUUUUUCCGAAUUAAAAUUCUGGAUAUUGAAUAGAAAAAGGAUAGUAAUGUCGCUGGAUGAUUGUAACAGUGAUCAAACUUGAUCAUGAAUUGUAUGUUCUGUAGAGAGUUUGCAUAGCAAAGCGAUCUUAUCAUGCAGCGUACGUUAUGAUUUUCGCAAUAAUUUCACUGCUUAGUUUAAUUAUUACAUGUAAAGGUGAAUACUGCGGAGAGAAUAAGAUACCAUUUGGGAUCGAAAUUUAUCCAAAUGCUCAACCACUUUUGCAUUGUUCCCGUCCAUCAUGCUUUGAACGUCGAUAUGCGGAUUGUGAUGAUCGUGCACGGCGUAAAUCAUGUGAGUCAAAUGAUAGUUGGGUUGGAGGCUUUGAAAAGGCUUACGGGAAUCAUCAACCAUUGUAUGUGCAAUGUUGUUCGUUUGAAGGCUUAGCCGAUUAUUCCAGUCCACUUUAUCAUACAAUCAUUAAGCCGGGACAGUAUUUUGAAGGUGAGGAGCAAGUUGAGGAAGAAACUGAUACGGUUAUCUCAUUCGAUGUUAUCACAGAUUUCAAGAUGAUUCGCCCUCCUAAUUUAUCGUUAGUCAAUUUAUAGAUCAGAUUAUCAUGAUCUAGAGUUUAUAUAUCCGACCAGAAGUAAAUUGUGUCAGAACAUUGGAAAAUUGAUAUAUUUAUAUUACAGUUUGUUGGACGGAGAUGCUAAUAUUGCAGGAUUUUUUAUGAAAUUACGGUACGACGCUUGCGAUGUUAUGAGCUACCCCCCGUAGACAAGAUUAAACGUACAAGACGUUGGCCGUAAUAUCUUAACUGGAUACUAAUUUAAUACAUUUUAUGCUUCUAACUGCCAGCAGCAAAUAAUGAAAUAUCUCUUGCAUCCCA